UCGUUUUAGAUCCAAUUCCUUUGGCGGAUGUUUUAACGAAUUCUAACGGAUUUUCAAACGAAAUUUUUUUUCUGAUUUUAACUGAAAACGAAGCGAUAAAUAAAAGGCUUUUUUAGUCCUUUACAAAAUAAAAAGAAAACGAAGCUUAUUUUUUGUGUGCAUAUAGACAAUUGUGAAUUAAAGUUUAACCAAACUCUAGGAAGCAUUUGGGCUGAGACGACGAGAUAUUAAUUUGUUCAUUUUAUUUGAAUUCUAAAACUAUAUUAAAAAAAAUAACAAGAAAUUUUGCGUUUUUGCAAAAAAACUCUAGCCCUAUCUCAAACGAGUUUUUUUUUUAAAUUCAAUUAUUUUUUAAAAACCGAAAACUAAUUCAAAAUGCCGCGUCCAAUUGCUAGCCAAGAAGAUGAGGAUCCAACCCCAUACUUGUUUGUAUCGUUGGAACAAAGGCGUAUCGAUCAAUCGAAACCCUAUGACUCUAAGAAGAACUGUUGGGUUCCCGAUGAGAAAGAGGGUUAUCUCCUUGGUGAAAUUAAGGCCACCAAGGGUGAUAUUGUCAGCGUUGGCUUGCCCGGCGGUGAGACCAAAGAUUUCAAGAAAGAUCAGCUCCAACAAGUCAACCCUCCCAAAUACGAAAAGGCUGAGGAUAUGUCUAACUUGACAUACCUUAACGAUGCCUCCGUACUCCAUAACUUGAGACAAAGAUACUACCACAAACUUAUCUACACCUACUCUGGUCUUUUCUGCGUUGCCAUCAAUCCCUACAAGCGUUACCCCGUAUAUACCAACCGUUGCGCUAAGAUGUACCGUGGUAAGCGUCGUAAUGAAGUGCCACCCCAUAUUUUCGCCAUUUCUGAUGGUGCCUACGUCGACAUGUUGACCAACCACGUCAAUCAAUCUAUGUUGAUUACCGGUGAGUCUGGUGCUGGUAAGACUGAAAACACCAAAAAGGUAAUUGCUUACUUUGCCACCGUUGGUGCUUCCACCAAGAAGGAUGAAAGCCAAAAGAACAAGGGUUCCUUGGAAGAUCAAGUCGUACAAACCAAUCCUGUUCUUGAAGCCUUCGGUAACGCCAAGACCGUCCGUAACGAUAACUCUUCUCGUUUCGGUAAAUUCAUCCGUAUUCAUUUCGGCCCCACUGGUAAAUUGGCUGGUGCUGAUAUUGAAACUUACUUGUUGGAAAAGGCUCGUGUCAUCUCUCAACAAUCUUUGGAACGUUCUUACCACAUUUUCUACCAGAUCAUGUCUGGUUCCGUUCCCGGUGUUAAAGAUAUGUGCUUCUUGUCUGACAACAUUUACGACUACUAUAACGUAUCCCAGGGUAAAGUCACUGUACCCAACAUGGAUGACGGUGAAGAAUUCCAGCUUGCCGAUCAAGCCUUCGAUAUCUUGGGCUUCACUAAGCAAGAAAAGGAAGAUGUCUACAAGAUCACCGCCGCUGUCAUGCACAUGGGUGGCAUGAAGUUCAAGCAACGUGGUCGCGAAGAACAAGCUGAACAAGAUGGUGAAGAAGAAGGUGGUCGUGUUGCCAAAUUGUUCGGUUGUGAUACCGCUGAAUUGUACAAGAACUUGUUGAAACCCCGCAUUAAGGUCGGUAACGAAUUCGUCACCCAAGGUCGUAACGUACAACAAGUCACCAACUCAAUUGGUGCUCUCUGUAAGGGUGUUUUCGAUCGUCUCUUCAAAUGGUUGGUCAAGAAGUGUAACGAAACUUUGGAUACUAAGCAAAAACGUCAACACUUCAUUGGUGUAUUGGAUAUUGCUGGUUUUGAAAUUUUCGACUACAACGGCUUCGAACAAUUGUGUAUCAACUUCACCAAUGAGAAGUUGCAACAAUUCUUCAACCAUCACAUGUUCGUAUUGGAGCAAGAAGAAUACAAGAAAGAAGGUAUUAACUGGGACUUUAUCGAUUUCGGUAUGGACUUGUUGGCUUGUAUCGAUUUAAUUGAAAAGCCUAUGGGUAUCUUGUCCAUCCUUGAAGAAGAAUCUAUGUUCCCCAAGGCUACUGAUCAAACCUUCGCCGAAAAGUUGACCAACACUCACUUGGGCAAAUCUGCUCCCUUCCAGAAGCCCAAACCACCAAAGCCCGGUCAACAAGCUGCUCACUUCGCUAUUGGCCAUUAUGCUGGUGUUGUAGCCUAUAACAUCACCGGUUGGUUGGAAAAGAACAAGGAUCCCUUGAACGACACUGUUGUCGAUCAAUUCAAGAAAUCCCAAAACAAAUUGUUGGUAGAAAUCUUCGCUGAUCACCCUGGUCAAUCCGGUGGCGGUGAACAAGCUAAGGGCGGUCGUGGUAAGAAGGGUGGUGGCUUCGCUACUGUAUCUUCAGCCUACAAGGAACAAUUGAACAGCUUGAUGACCACCUUGCGUUCAACACAACCUCACUUCGUCCGUUGUAUCAUUCCCAAUGAAAUGAAACAACCUGGUGUUGUAGAUGCUCACUUGGUUAUGCAUCAAUUGACUUGUAACGGUGUACUUGAAGGUAUCCGUAUUUGCCGUAAAGGUUUUCCCAACAGAAUGGUAUACGCUGAUUUCAAGCAACGUUAUAUGAUUUUGGCUCCAGCUAUUAUGGCUGCUGAAAAACAACCCAAGAAUGCCGCAGCCAAGUGUUUGGAAUCUGUCGGCUUGGAUUCCGAUAUGUACCGUAUUGGUCACACCAAGGUGUUCUUCCGUGCCGGUGUCUUGGGUCAAAUGGAAGAAUUCCGUGAUGAACGUUUGGGCAAAAUCAUGUCCUGGAUGCAAGCCUGGGCUCGUGGUUACUUGUCCCGUAAGGGCUUCAAGAAAUUGCAAGAACAACGUGUUGCCCUCAAGGUUGUUCAACGCAACUUGCGCAAAUACUUGCAAUUGCGUACCUGGCCCUGGUACAAAUUGUGGCAAAAGGUCAAGCCUUUGCUCAAUGUAUCCCGUGUUGAAGAUGAAAUUGCUCGUCUUGAAGAGAAGGCUAAGAAGGCUGAAGAAGCUCAUGCUGCCGAAGUUAAGGUACGCAAGGAAUUGGAAGCCCUUAAUGCUAAGUUGUUAGCUGAAAAGACUGCCUUGUUGGACUCCUUGUCUGGUGAAAAGGGUGCCUUGCAAGAUUACCAAGAAAGAUGCGCUAAACUCCAAGCUCAAAAGAACGACCUCGAAAACCAAUUGCGCGACAUCCAAGAGCGCUUGACUCAAGAGGAAGAUGCCCGCAACCAAUUGUUCCAACAGAAGAAGAAGGCUGACCAAGAAAUCUCUGGCCUCAAGAAGGACAUUGAAGACUUGGAAUUGAACGUCCAAAAGGCUGAACAAGAUAAGGCCACCAAGGACCACCAAAUCCGCAACUUGAACGAUGAAAUCGCCCACCAAGACGAACUCAUCAACAAGUUGAACAAGGAGAAGAAGAUGCAAGGUGAAAGCAACCAGAAGACUGGUGAAGAACUCCAAGCUGCCGAAGACAAGAUCAACCACUUAAACAAGGUCAAGGCUAAGUUGGAACAAACCUUGGAUGAAUUGGAAGACUCCUUGGAACGCGAGAAGAAAUUGCGUGGUGAUAUUGAGAAAUCCAAGCGCAAGGUUGAAGGUGACUUGAAACUUACCCAAGAAGCCGUCUCCGAUUUGGAACGCAACAAGAAGGAAUUGGAACAAACCAUCCAACGCAAGGACAAGGAAUUGUCCUCCAUCACCGCCAAAUUGGAAGAUGAACAAGUUGUUGUUAGCAAGCACCAACGCCAAAUCAAGGAAUUGCAAGCCCGCAUCGAAGAAUUGGAAGAAGAAGUCGAAGCCGAACGUCAAGCUCGCGCCAAGGCUGAGAAACAACGUGCUGAUUUGGCUCGCGAAUUGGAGGAAUUGGGUGAACGUCUUGAAGAAGCCGGUGGUGCUACUUCUGCCCAAAUUGAACUCAACAAGAAGCGUGAAGCCGAACUCAGCAAAUUGCGUCGUGACUUGGAAGAAGCCAACAUUCAACACGAAUCUACCUUGGCUAACUUGCGCAAGAAGCACAACGAUGCUAUCGCUGAAAUGGCCGAACAAGUUGAUCAACUCAACAAAUUGAAGGCUAAGGCUGAACACGAUCGCCAGACUUGCCACAAUGAGUUGAACCAAACUCGUUCUGCCUGCGAUCAACUUGCUCGUGAUAAGGCUGCCCAAGAAAAGAUUGCCAAGCAAUUGCAACACACCCUCAACGAAGUCCAAUCCAAAUUGGAUGAAACCAACAGAACCCUCAACGACUUCGAUGCCGCCAAGAAGAAGCUUUCCAUUGAAAACUCCGACCUCUUGCGCCAAUUGGAAGAAGCCGAAUCCCAAGUUUCCCAAUUGUCCAAGAUCAAGAUCUCCCUCACCACUCAAUUGGAAGAUACCAAGCGUUUGGCUGAUGAAGAAGCCCGUGAACGUGCUACCCUUUUGGGCAAAUUCCGCAACUUGGAACACGACUUGGAUAACCUCCGUGAACAAGUAGAAGAAGAAGCUGAAGGCAAGGCCGAUUUGCAACGUCAACUCAGCAAGGCUAACGCUGAAGCUCAAAUCUGGCGCAGCAAGUACGAAUCCGAUGGUGUUGCCCGCUCCGAAGAAUUGGAAGAAGCCAAGAGGAAGUUGCAAGCUCGCUUGGCCGAAGCCGAGGAAACCAUCGAAUCCCUCAACCAAAAAUGCAUUGGCCUCGAAAAGACCAAGCAACGCUUGUCCACCGAAGUCGAAGACUUGCAAUUGGAAGUCGACCGUGCCAACGCUAUUGCCAACGCUGCCGAGAAGAAACAAAAGGCCUUCGACAAGAUCAUUGGCGAAUGGAAACUCAAGGUUGACGAUUUGGCUGCUGAACUUGAUGCCUCCCAAAAGGAAUGCCGCAACUACUCCACCGAAUUGUUCCGUCUCAAGGGUGCCUACGAAGAAGGCCAAGAACAAUUGGAAGCCGUCCGUCGUGAAAACAAGAACUUGGCUGAUGAAGUUAAGGACUUGCUCGACCAAAUCGGUGAAGGUGGCCGCAACAUCCACGAAAUCGAAAAGGCUCGCAAACGCUUGGAAGCCGAAAAGGAUGAACUCCAAGCCGCCCUCGAAGAAGCUGAAGCUGCUUUGGAACAAGAAGAAAACAAGGUAUUGCGCGCUCAAUUGGAAUUGUCUCAAGUUCGUCAAGAAAUCGAUCGCCGCAUCCAAGAGAAGGAAGAAGAAUUCGAAAACACCCGCAAGAACCACCAACGUGCUCUCGACUCCAUGCAAGCCUCCCUCGAAGCCGAAGCCAAGGGUAAGGCUGAGGCCCUUCGCAUGAAGAAGAAGUUGGAAGCCGACAUCAACGAAUUGGAAAUUGCUUUGGAUCACGCCAACAAGGCUAACGCCGAGGCCCAAAAGAACAUCAAACGCUACCAACAACAACUCAAGGACAUCCAAACCGCCCUUGAAGAAGAACAAAGAGCUCGUGAUGAUGCCCGCGAACAAUUGGGUAUCUCUGAACGUCGUGCCAACGCCCUCCAAAACGAAUUGGAAGAAUCCCGCACCCUCCUCGAACAAGCCGAUCGCGGUCGUCGCCAAGCCGAACAAGAAUUGGCCGAUGCCCACGAACAACUCAACGAAGUUUCCGCCCAAAACGCCUCCAUCUCCGCUGCCAAGAGGAAAUUGGAAUCUGAACUCCAAACACUCCACUCUGAUUUGGAUGAAUUGUUGAACGAAGCCAAGAACUCCGAAGAGAAGGCCAAGAAGGCUAUGGUUGAUGCUGCCCGUCUUGCUGAUGAACUCCGCGCUGAACAAGACCACGCCCAAACCCAAGAGAAACUCAGAAAGGCCCUUGAACAACAAAUCAAGGAAUUGCAAGUCCGUUUGGAUGAAGCUGAAGCCAACGCCCUCAAGGGUGGCAAGAAGGCUAUCCAAAAAUUGGAACAACGUGUCCGCGAAUUGGAGAACGAAUUGGAUGGUGAACAAAGAAGACACGCCGAUGCCCAAAAGAACCUCCGCAAAUCCGAACGUCGCGUUAAGGAAUUGAGCUUCCAAUCCGAAGAAGAUCGCAAGAACCACGAACGUAUGCAAGACUUGGUUGACAAACUCCAACAAAAGAUCAAGACAUACAAGAGGCAAAUCGAAGAAGCCGAAGAAAUCGCCGCCCUCAACUUGGCCAAAUUCCGCAAAGCCCAACAAGAACUUGAAGAAGCCGAAGAACGUGCCGAUUUGGCUGAACAAGCCAUCAGCAAAUUCCGUGCCAAGGGACGUGCCGGUUCCGUUGGUCGUGGUGCCAGCCCCGCGAUUUAAAUUACGCAAAAUGGCACUGUAAAUGAUUCACACGGUCCACAUAGAGAUUCAAUUAGAAAAAAAAACAAAAAGAGAAACUAGAUCAUAAGUAAAAGCUUUAUGCAUCUCUUUUUCAACAAAAGAAAUGCAACAUUCAACAUUCAAUUUAUUACUUUAAACCAAAUCGAAAAAAAAAUAUAUUUAAAAAAAAUAAAAAAAAAUAAACAACCAGCUUACAAAACCCAAACUAUUUCAUCACCAAAAGCAUCAAUCUCAUCGCAAUUAAAAAAAAACAAAAAGUGUCAUAGUCAGAUCAGUAGAAAUCGAGCUGAAUUAGAAAUAUCUCUGCUUUUUUUAUAACGAUAUAAUAUGAUAAUUUUAUUAUUAUUACAACUAUACUACUACUACAACAACAAUUACUACUACUAUAAUAAUUGUAUAUGUAUGUGUGUGUGUACAACAACAAUAGCCGGCAGCGUCUAAAGGUGGUCGCAAAAGUGUGCUGGACCAGUAAACAAUCUUUCAUUACAUUU